UUUGUAAUUCAUAUUAUGUCUAUACGUGGCGCUGAAAUAACACACGCUUUGAACGAAAAUCGUCCGGCAGCAUUGCAAUCAAGUGUGGAUCGUGAAAAAGUUUACACGUGGAUCAUUGAACUAUCUAAUCCUGAAACACGAGAAAAUGCCCUUUUGGAACUAAGUAAAAAACGUGAAGUUGUACCAGACUUAGCUCCAAUGUUAUGGCAUUCUUUUGGUACAACAGCAUCUCUUUUACAAGAAAUUAUUAAUAUAUAUCCAGCUAUUAAUCCAGCAACUUUAACUGCAUAUCAGAGUAAUCGUGUAUGUAAUGCACUUGCACUGUUACAAUGUGUUGCAAGUCAUCCGGAUACGAGAUCUGCAUUUCUUCAAGCACACGUUCCAUUGUUUCUCUAUCCAUUCUUACAUACCGUAAGCAAAACAAGACCAUUUGAAUAUCUCAGAUUAACGAGCUUGGGCGUGAUAGGUGCAUUGGUUAAAACCGAUGAACAAGAAGUUAUAACAUUUUUAUUGACCACUGAAAUAAUUCCGCUUUGUUUGAGAAUCAUGGAAAGUGGUUCAGAAUUAAGCAAAACUGUUGCCACUUUCAUCCUACAAAAGAUUUUAUUGGAUGACAGCGGUCUUUCUUAUAUAUGUCAAACAUACGAUAGGUUUAGCCAUGUCGCUAUGAUAUUAGGAAAAAUGGUUUUGUCAUUGGCCAAAGAUCCUUCCGCAAGAUUAUUAAAACACGUCGUCAGAUGUUAUUUAAGACUCUCCGAUAAUCCUAGAGCUUUACUAGCGCUGAGACAAUGUUUACCGGAUCAACUAAGAGACAAUACUUUUGCAACUUGUUUACAAGAAGAUGCAUCAACCAAACACUGGUUAAAUCAACUUCUUAAGAAUUUAGAAACUGGUCCUCAACCAGUUCCUCCUACCCAACCAGGUCAACAAGAUCCUAGGACUAUUGGCAUGUCACCACUUACUUCUUAGAUCUUACUAUUUUAUUACUAAUAUGAUAAUUCUUAUUUUUCUAAAAAAUGAAAAAACAAAAGAAGAGCCUCAGCUCUGUGGUAUUAAAAGCUUUCUCGUUUUUAAUCAGGAUAUAUUAUUUUUGUUAUACGAGGAAGAUGUUCUUUAUGUGCUUCUGACUCUUAUGAAUAACAUUUGUCUUAUUUUUUUUUAUUUUUCAAAAAUAGAUUAUUUCUUCUUAUACGUUAGCCGAUUAUUUUGUAUAGAUACUUCUAUUGAAAGGAAAAUAAGAAAAAAGAAAGAAAAAAAAAAUAGAAGAUAAUUUUACAAGAAUUUUCUUCGAUUGUCAUAUGCAAUAAUAUUAAAUGCGUAUAGUAAAUCUACGUAUAUCCCAUCUAUAUGUGUGCAUUUAGCAUAUCAAAAUUAUGUACUCGCAGGAAAUUUGAAAUUGUUUGUGAUUUAAAAGUCCUGCAAAUUAUAUAUUGUAUAGCAAUUGUAUUUUUAACUUGUAAUGAUACGAGAAGGUUAAAUCAUCGAAACUUAAGUGCAUAUUUUGAAAUAAAAACUGUACAGUAUGUGAGAAUUAUAUUCGUCAAAUAUGAUCUGUAUAUGAUAGCAGUUAUAUAACAUAAAUCAUUGUACAUAUAUAUAUAUAUACUUGUACUGAAAAAUUCAUUGAAACGAUGAGCAUCCUCUAUAACGUAGUCUUAACAUUUUCAUACUAUUAUUAUAAUGAUUAUUAUCGUUAUUAAUAAUAAUAAUAAUAUUACGGAAUGAAUAAUGUAAAAGUUAAGCACCUAGCAAAUUUUAUGGCACGCACAUUUACAAAAUAAGAAACGACAAUAAGAUUAUCGUAAUGAACGUUGACUGUUCGACGCAUGAUAGUAUGCAAAUAAAAUGAGAACCACAAUUUCUUUGUAUUAAAAUGAUAUUGAGAUAAUUAAUUAAUUAUAAUUAAUUAAUUUAAAAAGAAAAAAAGAAGGAGAUCGGAUAAAAAACAUCCUAUUUAUUAUUUACUCGAAACGAAUGAACGAUUUAAUCAUUGCCUAAUCUCAUAGAUAAAUUCUUUAAUCGAAAAAUAUAAGUAAUUAUUUUUUAUAAUCAUUUUAAAAACGCGUCGACCACAUGGUUUUUUGAAAUUCGAAUAAUUCACGUGUAAAAUUAUUUUUGCGGAUAAGAAAAAUGCGUCACAUUGAGAACUAUAUAUUAUAAUAGUGUCUUUAGCGAGCGAUAAUUAAACAGGGGGGGAAAAAAAAUGGAAAGAAAAACAUCGCGAUUACUAGAAAAUCACAGUCUGAAUUUAUGGUAUUUACUUAUGUAAUUUAGAAUACAAGAUAUUCGCUAACA